AUGUUUGGUCGCAAAAUACGCACCUGUCUCGAGCUGCUACGUCCCCCAGCGGUACGAACUCCAGUGGCACCGUCAGAUGACCACACAAUGCCGAGGUUCUUCAGCCGGAACGAUUCGGUUUACGUUAAGCUUUAUGGCCGUAACGGUUGGAAGUGGGCUCCUGGAACAAUCAUCGAAAAAAUAGGAGACGUGAUGUAUAACGUAUGGGUCGAUGAUCGCCGAAUGCUGCGUUCCCAUAUCAACCAACUCCGAAGUCGCCUAGCUGUUGACUCGAUACCAAAGCAACCUACCAAUCAAACCACCUCUCGUCAGUAUUCGUUACCGCUCGACAUUCUGUUGGGUGCCUGGCAUCUACCAAAUCAAUCUUCUGGCACGCCAGCACCGUCCCUUGUUGUGAGCAGAUCUGAAUUAUCACCUGUCUCCAGUCCCGAGCAUACCUUGCUAGGUUCAGCGCCGGCGCUUGCGUCGUCUACACCACAGCAGGAAGUCUCGGCUUUCCCAUCAACGUCAUCGACAUCAACAACAUCAAUAUCAACCGAAUUCGAAUCCGCCAUCGAAGUCGAAUCCGUGGUAAAUCUACCUAGACGUUCUUCACGAACCCGAAGACCGCCGAACAGGUUUGAUCCGUACCACCUUUAUUAA